CUCCUACGCCCAACAUCAUAGUAGUGCUCUGCUAAAAUAGGCACAAAAGUCAUUCAAUUCCUUCAGAAACGUUUUCCCAAUCAUCCCGUGCCAGGCGAUCUCGAGCUGUCUGCGGAACAGCGGGGACUCUCUCUCGCCUUCACACGGAUGGUGUCUGAGCACACUGUUGCCUGUAUGGGAUACUCUCGCAAUGUCGAAAAUGUAGAGUACACUUUCCGCGCAUACACGGGCAUCCCAGUCGACAGCCCGCUUCCGUUAUUUAUGCGCCUCAUUGCACGACUUGUCAAAAGGUCGACUGGAAAGAGAUUGAAGCUUCAGGGCCUCGGAAGACACACCCGGGAUGAAAUCUAUGAAAUUGGAUGUCGCGAUCUCAAGGCGAUUGCCGACUUUUUAGGCAACAAGCCAUUCAUGAUGGGAGACAAACCGACUACAGUCGAUGCUUCAGUAUUUGCGAUCCUUGCGUCCAUCAUGUGGAUUCCUGUCGAGUUUCCAAUGAAAAGCCAUGCGUAUCAAGAGCUGCCCGUUUUGGACCAAUACCUCCACCGCGUGAGAAAGCAAGUCUGGGGCAACACUGUUGAAACGUGGUAUACCGGAGGUGAGGAGGCGGCGAGAAUGUAUACGCGCCUUGAUCAAUGAUUUGUGGAUAGUUGAAACAAGUUUACAAUGUAUAAAGAGCAAAUGUUGUGCAAGAGUCAAUGUGCAUGAGGUUGCAAAAUGAUAUGCACAUCUGUGCGUCCGUUAUCCCGCUCGGAACCGAC